UUUUAAUAAUAAUAAUUUAUUCUUAUAUCUUCAAAAUGGUGAAGAUUAUGAAAACAGGAAAAGUCGUAUUGGUCCUUAGUGGCCGAUAUGCUGGAAGAAAAGCUAUCAUCAUGCGUAACUAUGAUGAUGGAACUACAGAAAAACAAUAUGGACAUGCAAUGGUAGCUGGUAUUGAUCGAUAUCCACGUAAAGUACACAAAAGAAUGGGUAAAGCAAAGAUUCACAAACGUUCUAAGAUCAAACCAUUUGUGAAAGUAUUAAAUUAUAAUCAUUUGAUGCCAACAAGAUAUACUGUAGAUUUACAUUGGGAUAAAGUAACACCUAAAGAUCUUAAAGAUCCAAUGAAACGCAAGAAGAUACGAUUUCAAACUCGUGUUAAAUUUGAAGAAAAGUACAAAUCUGGUAAAAACAAAUGGUUCUUCCAAAAAUUACGGUUUUAAUUAAAUUUAAAUAAAUAUAAAAUUUACAAAUA